ACUUGUUAAGCGCCUAAAUGCGUUGCCAGUAUCUUGGGGUUUAUUUCUUUCUUUGUUAUAUACAAUAUAAAUUUGCAUUUUAUUAGAAGAAAGUUUAGUAUAUUUUAUUGAAUUAUAGUUUGUAAAAUUGCUUUGUUGGUUUUUGAUUGACGAAACCGUAACUUAAGUAAUAUUUUAAUCACAAAGUAAUUUAGCAAAAAGUUAUACUCAGCAAGUUAUUAGGCUUUAUAAUAGAAAAUGGUAGGAGAAAAAGAAGAGGAUGAAAAUCAAGCCCAUAGCGACGAUGACGAAGAAGAAUAUGUUGUUGAAAAAAUCCUAAAACAUAAAGUAAAUAAAAAUAACGAGAUAUUAUACUUUUUAAAAUGGAAAGGUUAUCCUCUUGAAGAUAAUACUUGGGAACCUGCUUCCAAUCUUAAUUGUCCUGAAUUAAUAGCUGAAUAUGAAAGAGAAUCAAAUGAAAAAAAAAGAAAAUCUUCAAAUAGGGUAAGCUUUGAUGUUGAACGCAAAGAACAAAAAGCAGACAAGAAAACUGAAAAGCCAGUACCAGAUGAAAAAAAGAAACAAACUAAAAGAAAACAGACUGAUGAAGGUUCAUCAAAGAAAAAGAAGAAAUCAGAAAAGCACUUAAAUGGUUUUGAUAAAGGAAUGGAAGCAGAAGAAAUACUUGGAGCUACAGAGACAUCUGGGGAAGUUCAUUUCUUAAUCAAAUGGAAAGAUGUCAAUGAUGCAGAGCUAGUUCCUUCAAAAAUUGCCAAUUUGAAGAUACCUCAGAUGGUUAUAUCAUUUUAUGAAGCACGCUUGACCUGGUCCUCAAAUAGUAAUCGGGGUGCUGAUGACAGUGAAGAAUCAAAAAACAACUCGAAAACAGAAGUGGAAGUUGGAAACUAAUGAUGUAACUAAAGAUUUUUAAAGUCAAAGCUAUUUUUAGUUUUAAUGUUUUUAUGGUGGGAAUAUUCGUAUAUAGCGUGGUUUAGAUCCAUUUGAAAAAAACAUUGAUCGAUAUUCGACAGUUACCUGAAUUCGGUUGUUACAAAUAAUUUGUUUUUCAACAAGCUUUUUUGUGUACUUUUGUUAUACUUUAAAAAUGGUAAUAAACUGUA